ACUUGUUCAUGGUGGCCUUUUAAUUAUUGUCUCGUGUCCCCUCCUCCUUCUCCUCCCUACCAGAGCUAUCUCAGAUGGCCGGGAAUUCCUCCAUUUUCCGGCAGUUCAGCAGACCAACUGACAUUCUAGAGUAGGAAGAAAGGAAAGAAGGAGCGCGGCAAAGAAAUAGUGUGGGAGAUAGAAGAUGGAGGUUGGUGAGGAGCAAAGUGGAAGCACAAGCGACGGUAAGGUGAAUCCUCCGUUGACACCAAGAAAGAGAUCUGCAGAAUCUGACGAAGAAGACGGUGAGUCUAUGAAGAGUUCGGAGCCGGUGGAGACGAAAGAAGGGGGACGAACCAGUUCCGGCAGUGGAACAGGCGCCGUCCGGCAGUAUAUCAGAUCAAAAAUGCCUAGGCUUAGAUGGACUCCGGAGCUACACCUUUGCUUUGUUCAUGCUGUAGAGAGGCUUGGUGGUCAAGAUAGAGCUACGCCCAAAUUGGUUCUUCAAUUGAUGAACGUAAAAGGACUUAGUAUUGCACAUGUCAAGAGUCAUCUGCAGAUGUACAGAAGCAAGAAAAUCGACGAUUCUGGGCAAGUGAUGAACCAGGGAGGCAGGGAUAAAGAUCAUCAUGGGAUGCUAAUGGCAGGAGACCACGUUGCAGAGAUGUACUUUUCAAGAAGGUCUGCAGGGUUUUGGCAGGACUUUAGAAUGGACAAAAGUGGGAUUUUCGGAGCAGGGAAGCAGUCGGCAGAUCAUCUCUAUGGGCCUGUGCUCCACCAUCUCUCAUAUCAAUCCAGUACCCUCAGAAGCCAUGACUGGAUUUUCAAACCUUAUCUGGGUCAGUCUGUUCACACAAGAACACCAUGCCUAGUCACAACCACAGCCACUGUAGCAUCAUCAACAACCACUACAAGUACAAGAAGCGGACAAUUACAGCAAGCACCACCAUCUCACUCCUUCCUUCCAGAUUUCUCUUUCAGAAACCCUAGUAGGCACUCCCCACAGUCUCCCUGUCCCGAAAAGAAGGACGCGAUGGCAGCAGACGGCCGGCCUCUCAAGAUCAGCCAUUGGCUGCAUGAUGGAAGGUACCUAUCUCUGUACAAGGAGUUGCAGGAGUGCCACAGGCAAGAAGCACCAAGAGAUGAUCAAUGUCUAGAGAGAAGAAUUCCUUCCCAAUGUUUCCAUGGAAGUCCGACCACUGGGUCGUCUCUCUCGAGGCAGCCGCCAACGAACACUCUGUCAACCUCCACCAUUUUCGCUCCCCAUCUUCUCCAUAAGAAACUGAAUCAGACAUCAUCAGGGAUAGCAGAAGAAGAAGAUAAUGAUCUGAAAGAGAAGAGAAAGCCUGACCGUCCGGAACCCGAUUUGCAGCUGACACUCAGUCGAAAUUCAGGAGAUGAAAAGAAUGAGAAAAUCCAACAUUCUGGGUCUCUAGAGAAUAAUAUUGGUGAAGAGAUAGGUAGCACGCUGUCACUCUCCCUAUUCUCCUCUUCAUCUCCUUCUUCCUCCAACUCCAAGAAACAAACGCAAGCCACUAAAGACGCUUUACAGUUGUUACAGUCAGAAAACAGCAAGCAGGCAUCCAGGAGGCUGAGUACUUUGGAUCUGACCAUGUCAAUUGGGGCAUUGGAGUGAGAUCUUACAGUACUUGUCUCAAAGGCCUGAAAAUUAAUGAUAGUUUUUCUUUUUCAAUUUUCUCUCUCUCCCUUUAUUUGGUCUUUGU